GUCAUUCAUCCAUCCCUUUCAACCAAUGGAGAGCCUUCACACCAACAUCAGCUCCACCUCCACCACUGAGCCCCUCCUGCCCCUCUUGACCCCUGACUCGAGCAACUGCAGCACCUGGGACCAGCGGUGGGGGCCACCGUACCUGCAUCGGUUAGCCCACCUGGACGUCAGGCUGUACCAGGACUUCUACGCUGUGUGGGUCUCUCUCAUGGUGUGCAACUGUCUGAUGCUGGUGGUCGGCGUGAUCCUCAACAGUCUGGCCCUCUAUGUCUUCUGCGGGGCCCACUCCUCAGCCUCUGUGGUUUACACCAUAAACCUCGCUGUAGCUGACCUGCUGGUGGCGCUGUCAUUGCCCGCGCGCAUUGCUCUGUACCACAGUGGAGGGAACUGUAUGGCCUGCUCUUACGUUCACACCUUCAGUUACUUUGUCAACAUGUACUGUAGUAUCCUGUUCCUGACAAGUAUCUGUAUAGAUCGGUACCUCGCUGUUGUCCAUGCAUCCAGCACUCUCCACCGGUGCAGGACCACAGGAACAGCCAAAUGUGUCAGCGCCACAGUUUGGUUCAUUGCAGUUGUGGUCACCUACUCGUUCCAGACCACAGCGUUGGAGUUCAGCUCCUCCUGUAUGCUCCUCCCUGCCCUCUUCUACUUAACCAUCCUUGAGUUUCUCCUCCCGCUGCUCGCCGUGGUGGGCUUCACCCUGCGUGUCGCCUGUUUUCUCUCCUCCAGCCAGGGCCCGAUGCCCCAGCAGAGCAGGGCGAGGAGGGCGCGGGCUGUCAGACUGCUGGCCACCGUGCUGGUGGUCUUCACUAUCUGCUUCACGCCUUUCCACAUCCGACAGGUGCUGGUUUACUUCCGGGUCAAAGUCGGAGGGGAGAGGCUCGGGGAAGGGGCGGGGCAUGUACUUGCUUAUCACAUCACAGUUACUCUGAGCAGCCUGAACAGCUGCCUGGAUCCAGUGGUUUACUGCUUUGUGACGGACAGUUUCAAGAGAGUGUGGAGGAGGAAGAGGGGGGCGAGGGAGGGCGAUGGGGAGGCAGGGCACACGAGUUGGGGAGAAGGUGAGAGGAAUUCAGUGAAUAAAUGUCCGGGUAUGGCACUGGCGGUAGCUCACAGCGUGGCCACACUCACCCUCACCAGCACUCCCCUGUCUGUGGCCAACACAGAACAGUCCACUUAAAGAUGGGUGACCCCCAUCGACAACUGUGAAUGGGACAGUCCAGAGAGACACCUGGAGAGAAAGACUCAUCAAGAGUACUGCAGAGAGAGAUUUGUAGGCUGGAAACAAAAAUGAACACAGAAACUCGUCAAAAAGUGAAAAUAAAUUUCUCUUUAUGGUGAACAAAACAAACCACUUCUAAGGAUAAACAACACUUCAACGACUGCCUCCCUUUGUCCCUCCAUGUUCUCAUCUUUUCGUCCCCCUGACCUUGCUUGGGUGUCAACUGGUGAGAAGGAAUAACGGACCACAAAAAGAUACUGAUGAGCUUGUAAUGUUGGAGAUCCAUGUGUCGGCUGAGACUGGACUCCAGAAUACCGAAAGACCUUGAAUUACACUGAGUGAAGAG